UACGCACCUGCCACGAGCACAACGCUGUUCAGACGUGUCAUUAAAAGUGAAACGCGUGAGCUGAGAUUUUAUCUGCAUUUCGUAUUUUCGUGUGUACGUUCACGAAAGACAGGGAAAGGGGAGCAAAGAAGAGAAGAGAGGGAGAAACAUGGUCUCGCAUGGUAGCCAGAGGGCGGUGGCAUUUCUCUCUGCGUAAACAGAGACGGUGGAGAAGGAGAGAACGCACGGAGAGAGCUUAGUGGCAAGGCAGCAGUGCCGCUGACACGAGUGAAGGGAGCCCGUGGCUGUUUCCACCUCUGCUAUCACAGCUCGCCCCGCGCCUUUUGAGACGGACUUAGACAUCGGGACUAGAAGUUACACACCAGCCGCUUUGGUCUUGGACACGUUUGAUCAACCAGCAGAUCCUGUUGUGGAGGACGUGUUGGGGGGGGUGGGUUCUCGUUUCACCCACCGUGGACGGAGGAGUUUAUGUGUAUUACGCGUUGCCUGUAAUGGGUAAAAGUGGACAGAGAAGUGGAAUAGUACUCGGGAGCUCCAGCCUGGUGAGAAUGAGCGCCACGCCGAGGAUCCUGAUUGUCCUGGUGCUAAUACACGCAGGAGUCGCUCAAGUGAGAGAUGACGAAGAUUUCCUGAGUCUGAGUGAGCUCCCAGAAACCUUCCCUUCUGACCCACCGGAACCCUUACCUCACUUCCUGUUUGAACCUGAGGAAGGCUACAUUGUCAAGAAUAAGCCCGUCAAUCUCUACUGCAAAGCAACGCCUGCCACACAGAUUUACUUCAAGUGCAACAGCGAGUGGGUCCAUCAGAAAGACCACACUGUGGAGGAAAGGGUUGACGAAAACUCAGGUCUGGUGGUGAGAGAAGCCAGCAUAGAAAUAACACGGCAGCAAGUGGAGGAGCUGUUUGGGCCUGAAGAUUACUGGUGUCAGUGCGUGGCCUGGAGCUCUGCUGGAACCACCAAAAGCCGCAAGGCACAUGUCCGGAUUGCAUACCUGAAGAAGUCAUUUGAACAAGAACCCCUGGGAAAAGAAGUAUCUCUGGAGCAGGAAGUUCUGUUACAGUGUCGCCCUCCAGAGGGCAUCCCAGCUGCUGAGGUGGAGUGGUUAAAGAAUGAAGAGGUAAUCGACCCGGCGGAGGACAGAAACUUCUAUAUCACUAUUGACCACAACCUGAUCAUCAAGCAGGCGCGUCUCUCUGACACAGCCAACUACACGUGUGUGGCCAAGAAUAUAGUGGCCAAAAGACGAAGCACUACAGCCACCGUUAUUGUUUAUGUGAAUGGGGGCUGGUCGACAUGGACAGAGUGGUCUCCGUGUAACAGCCGUUGUGGAAGAGGUUUCCAGAAAAGAACCAGGAGCUGCACUAACCCUGCCCCUCUCAAUGGAGGACUGCCUUGUGACGGACAGGCUAUACACAAACUGCCCUGCACCACACUGUGCACUGUGGAUGGUGUCUGGACAGAUUGGAGCAAGUGGUCAGCCUGUGGAACAGAGUGUACACAGUGGAGGAGGAGGGAGUGCAACAAUCCAGCUCCCAAGAAUGGUGGAAAGGACUGCGAGGGUCUCGUCCUCCAGUCUCAAAACUGCACUGAUGGACUCUGUAUGCAAACUGCCCCGAGCACAGAUGAUGUGGCGCUCUAUGUGGGGAUAGUGAUCGCAGUGAUUAUGUGCCUGGUCAUCUCUGUCAUCGUGGCGCUCUUUGUCUAUCGCAAGACGCACCGCGACUUUGACUCUGACAUCAUUGACACAUCGGCACUAAAUGGAGGCUUCCAGUCUGUUAAUAUCAAGACAGCCAGAUCAGCUGAUUUGCUGACUGCUCCGCCAGACUUAACAAAUGCAGCUGCCAUGUAUCGGGGUCCAGUCUAUGCUCUUCAUGAUGUUUCAGACAAAAUUCCAAUGACCAACUCUCCUCUCCUGGAUCCUCUUCCCAACUUGAAGAUCAAAGUGUACAACUCUUCUGGACUGGUCACACCUCAGGAUGACCUCGGAGGAGACUUUACGUCUAAACUGUCUCCUAAGGUAACUCAGUCCCUGUUGGAUAACAGUGACACCAUGAACCUUCGCAAUCAGAGCUUGGCCCGAACACGAGAUCCUUCCUGUACUGCUCAUGGAUCCUUCAACAACCAAGGAGGACACCUCAUUGUACCCAACUCUGGAGUCAGUUUGUUGGUUCCAGCGGGUGCUGUUCCUCAGGGCAGGGUGUAUGAAAUGUAUGUGACUGUGCACAGGAAGGAUAGCUUGAGACCCCCAGUAGAGGACAUCCAGACAGUUCUAAGCCCAGUGGUGAGCUGUGGACCUCCAGGAGCCCUGCUGACCAGACCAGUGAUUCUCACCAUCCACCACUGCUCUGACAAUGUCCAGGAAGACUGGCUCAUACAGCUGAAGAAUCAGCUGGCCAUGGGAGAAUGGGAGGAUGUGGUUAUAGUGGGAGAGGAAAACUUCACCACCCCCUGCUAUGUGCAGAUGGACUCAGAGGCAUGCCACAUUCUGACAGAGACACUGGGGACGUACUGCCUGGUGGGCCAGUCAAUUGGCAAAGCAGCUGCCAAGAGGCUCAAGCUGGCUGUUUUUGGGCCCGUUUCCUGCACAACUUUGGACUAUCACAUCAGGGUCUAUUGUCUGGAUGAUACGCAAGAUGCACUCAAGGAGGUUCUUCAGAUGGAGACCCAGAUGGGAGGAAAGCUUCUGGAUGAGCCAAAGACGCUGAACUUUAAGGACAGCACACAUAAUCUGAGGCUGUCCAUCCAUGACGUGCCAAGCGCACAUUGGAAGAGCAAACUCAUUGCAAAAUAUCAGGAGAUCCCGUUCUACCAGGUUUGGAGUGGCAGUCAGAGAACUCUUCACUGUACCUUCACCCUGGAGAGAUUAAGUCCAGCCACCACAGAAAUCAGCUGCAAACUGUGUGUACGGCAGGUAGAAGGAGAAGGACAGAUCUUUCAGCUCAGCAACACAUUGGAGGAGGAGGUCCACUGUAUAGACACAUCCCUGAUGGACCCUGCCAGUAACAUUACAACUUUAGUGGGGCCCAACGCCUUUCGGAUUCCUUUAUCCAUCAGACAGAAGUUGUGUGGAAGCCUGGAUGCACCACAGACCAGAGGCAAUGACUGGAGGAUGCUGGCCCACAAACUCAACCUUGACAGAUACCUGAACUACUUUGCCACCAAGUCCAGUCCAACAGGCGUAAUCCUGGAUCUCUGGGAGGCCCAACAUUUCCCUGAUGGAGACCUAAAUGAACUGGCCACUGUGCUGGAAGAAAUGGGUCGCCACGACAGUAGCCUUGCCUCCAUGACAGCGGAACAUUGACGAAACACUGCAGUUACCAUGACAAUGGUAGAGGUCUGGAGAUGAUUACGCGUGAAGUGUCGAUGGUUGAUCCUGCAGCGAGGGCAACAAACCAAUUAGCAACAGAAAAGUUGCCACUGUGGUGACUGAGCACCGAUUAAAUACCAUGGUAAUCAUGCCGACAUGGUAACAGAUAGGAGAGGCACCUUAACUGCUGUGUGCUGGAACUAUCUAUGUAUCUUUGUAUGUGUAUUUGCGAAAUGUUGCAGUGUCGUAUGUGACCGAAAGAGAGAUAACCCUACCUAUCUAUCAGGAACACAGAAAAACAUACACACGCCUAAAAAAAAAGAAAAAAAAGAAAAAAAAAAAGCUUGUCCAUAGUAACACCGGUUGUUCUCUUGUUGUUACUUUAAUAUUGAACAAGGAGAAGCAAAGAACAAGAAGCAGCAGAGAGGUACUGACCUUGGAAACCUCUGUAGGAAUGGAACAGAAUCAUAAGGGGAAAGAAGGUAAACUGAUUACAGAAGAGUGGGAGAAGGUAGAGUGAGGAAACGGAGAGAGUGAGUUAGAGACUCUUAAGAAAGAUGGGCGCAAACACAGAGCGAAGCUAAACUGAUUACAAAAGAGAGGGAGGACAUAAACAUAAAAUGAUGGAAGCGAUGGCAGGUGAUCAUCUGAACGGAAAACAGAUAAUGAGAGAGGGGGAUAAAGAAGUGAAUCUUCUCUUGUGAGCCUCGGCUGUACGUGUUUGCCAGUACAGUUUGUCGUCUUUAUAUCGUUUCUUAGGGAACGCUCUAUGAAUUCUGCUGUCCAUAUGUGUGGAUCAUUUCCUGAUACAAGAAUGAGUACAAAGUGACUGUCAAUCAAGGGUCCUGACCAGAAACAAGCCCGAGACAACAACAACUGGCCCCUUUGGGUUAUUAUCAUAAAGAUGGUUCCAAUUGGAUGUUGAUUAAGAUUAAGGCUUUUUUCAAAAAUACCAUCAAAAUCUUUCAGGUCAGAGAAAAAUGAACACAAAAGCAAUUUGACUUGCUUCCAAUGCCUCUAAUGUUCUUUUCUUCUUUUUUUAAUUCAAAAAGCCAGUCCAAAGAUAAUUAUGCUGCUGAAGGAUGCAAGAAUAACUUCUUAUUUUUUUUAAUAAUCUUUUUUAUGGUAAGAUUUCAAGAUUUCAUGUAUGAUAAUCAUAUGAUUAUUAGGUAAAGCUCAUCAUCAUGCACAGUACAUUGCAGUAAAGCAUCUAAGACUUUUAUUUUGUUUUUAUUUUAUCAUUGCUUUUUUACAUUUUUA